CGGUGUCCGUGUUUUGCUCCAGUUCAUCUCCUCCUCCCUUGGGACAGGGAAGAGAAAUGGCUGCAGAGGAGCCCGUUCAGGGGCCGGUGAUCUUCGAGGAGGUGGCUGUGUAUUUCACGAGGAAAGAGUGGGCUCUGCUGGACCCUGCCCAGAGAGCCCUCUACAGGGAUGUCAUGCAGGAGAACUAUGAGAAUGUGACCUCGCUGGCAGGGUUUCCUGUUUCCAAACCUGAUGUGAUCUCCCAGCUGGAACGAGGGGAGGAGCCGUGGGUCCUGGAUCUCCAAGGCUCUGAGGAAGGAGAGAUCCUGAGAGCUGCCUGCGCUGCAGGUGCUGGGAUGGUGAGUGAGAACAAAGAGCUGAAUCCUCAGCAGGAAGAUGCUGAGCAAGUAGAACCACAUGGGGAAUUAUCACAAGGAUCCCAAGGGAAUGUGUCCAGGCGUUGUGUGAAGGGGAAAGCCUGUGAGAGUCAGCACAGGCCAGAGAGGCAGCAGGGAAACCAGCUAGGCGAGAAGCUUGGUAAAUCCAUUAAUUGUCAGGAGACUCUCAGAGACCUCAAGGAAAUCACAGCCCAGCAGAGAACACCCACAGGAGAGAGGAAAAACACAUGCACCGUGUGUGGGAAGCACUUCAGUAGCCGCUCAGACCUUAUGAAACAUGAGCGAAUCCACACAGGAGAGAGGCCCUAUGGAUGCGGGGUGUGCGGGAAAACCUUCAGCCAGAGCUCCCACCUUGUUCGGCAUCAGAGGAUCCACUCAGGGGAGAGACCCCAUGAGUGCGGCAAGUGUGGGAAACUGUUCACGCUGAGCUCCGCCCUCACUAGACACCAGAGGAUCCACACGGGAGAGCGACCUUGUGAAUGCCAUGAGUGUGGGAAAAACUUCACUGACAGCUCCGCUCUUAUUAAUCACCAGAGGACCCACACAGGAGAACGACCCUAUACGUGUAGUGAGUGCGGGAAACAGUUCACUCGGAGCUCAGGUCUUAUUAUACAUCAGAGGAUCCACACAGGAGAGAGGCCCUUUGAGUGCUGCGAAUGCGGGAAAAGCUUCACUGUCAACUCAGACCUAAUUAAUCAUCAGAGGAUCCACACAGGAGAGAGGCCCCAUGAAUGCUGUGAGUGCAGGAAAAGCUUCACUCAGAGUUCAGCCCUUAUUAGACAUCAGAGGAUCCACACGGGGGAGCGACCGUAUAAAUGUUGUGAGUGCGGGAAAAGCUUCACUGUCAAGUCAGAUCUGAUUGGACAUCAGAGAAUCCACACGGGAGAGAUCCCCUAUAAAUGCUCUGAGUGUGGGAAAACUUUCACUCAGAGAUCAGCCCUUAUUACACAUCAGAGGAUCCACACGGGAGAGCGGCCCUAUGAAUGCCGUGAAUGCGGGAAAAAAUUCACUGUCAAGUCAGACCUUAAUAGACAUCAGAGGGUCCACACGGGAGAGCGCCCCUAUGAGUGCUCUGAGUGCGGGAAACGAUUCAGUCAGAAAUCAAACCUUAGCGCACAUCAGACAAGCCACACAGGAGAAACACCUUAUCAGUGCUGUGAGUGCGGGAAAAGCUUCAGCGUGAGCUCAGCCCUUAUAAUACAUCAGAGAAUUCACACAGGAGAGAGACCCUAUCAAUGCUCAGUGUGCAGGAAAAGUUUCAUCCGCAACUCACACCUGAAUAGACAUCAGAAUCUCCACCGGAGAGAGCGACAGCAUCAAAACUUUGUGUAGGGCAGAGAAAAGAUUAUUUUUUAAAAUACGUUUGCUAAUUCCCACACAGUAACCUUUCGGUUUGUUGGCACCAUUUGUGUCACCCUGUUCUCUCAGCUCGCUCAUGUAAGUUGCCCACUUUUGCCUUUUGGCAGGUUGGCCUUCUCCGGGGUGAAUUACUUAAGGAGACAAGUUGUGUAACCUUUUACCCAAUUAGACUGAAUGGAUCGCUGACUUCCCCACUUCUCUGCAAAGCGAAGAGGUAUGAUGUCUGUCAGGAGAGGCCCACAGUUCUUUUUAUGAAUGGCAAUGGAUGUCUGAGCUAAUAGGUAGCUUUUCUGUUAUUUUUAUAGGAGCUGAAACUCCUCUUCCUUUUUAGAGGAAGCUCAUGGGCACAGUUGAUCCUUUUAACCCUCAAGCCAGGGUAUGGAAACCCUCCCCUGGUGGUCUUUGGAUUUCUUUUAUUUUGGAGAUCUUUGGGCUUCAGACCUCCAGAGUGCAUGGGGUUCACAGCAAUCGAUAUUUUAAGAAAACUGCCAGGUGAAGUGGGACUCUUCCAAACUGACGAGAGCCCAAAGUCUGCCUCGUGUGAAAUGGAUCAGCCCACAGUGUCCGUAACCAAGGCGUCCCUCACUCCACAUUUGCCUGUAGACUUCAGGCAAGUGACUGCAAUGAACGGUGAGCUAGAAUGCUCAACCACGAAGUACCAAGGUAAAGGUGGAAGCCCUUUUGCACCAGAAAGACGGACAGUCCAGGACUCCCAGACUGAUCCCCUCUGGGGAAAGAAGUUGUAACAUCAACACAAGGACCUAUCUCCUUGUACCUG